CGUCAAGGACAGUCUCCACGGGGUAACUUGGCGUGGGGAUGCUGUGAUCAUGCCAAAGGUUCUCAUCCCCGCAACUGAGGAUGUCAAUUCCAUCAUGGGCAACAAAACGAAUGGUCGCGAUACCCAGCAGGAACAGCGGGACGACGAAAUCCCAGCAUGCCAGUCCUGCCGCCGCAAAAAGGCCCGCUGCAGCAGGGAGCAGCCGUGCUCGCAGUGCGUCCGCGCGGGGACUGCUUGCACCUACGACGAGAAACGAAUGAAGCCGGGGUUGCGCAGCGGCGUGGUCGACAGUCUGUCGCGCAGGAUCGAGACGCUGGAGAACAUGUUCCUGGGCCAGGAGAUCCUGUGGAAGCAGAUGUGGGAGACGCUGCAUCCGGGCGCGAAAUUCCCUGGACAGGACGACAUUAACCCUCACAGCGUCCCUGGGGUUCAGCAGACCCUGCGUCGCUCGCUGCUCCAGGUGGCCUCCCAGGAGGAGAGCGAGCCGCCUACGAAGCGACGGCGCACUCGGUCCCCGUCAGCAGAUCUCGAAAACGCCAGCUUGACUGCGACAGACAUCAUCGAAUCGGACUUGCUGGGCCGGCUGGUCGAGUUCUACUUUGACAAUUUCCACCACUGGAUUCCGAUCCUGCAUGUGCGAAGAUUCCGACAUCAAAUCCAGUCUACAGAGGGAAGAAGAGAAGCGACCCAUACACUAUAUGCAAUUAUCGCCGCCUGCAUCCGCUUCGUCAAUGAUCCACGACUCGCCGACAAGGAAAUGGUAUCGCGAGUCGCUGAAAGCUGUCGGCAGAAAGUGUUGUUAUCCGGUAUGGAGUCGUUCUCUGUUGGGAACCUGCAGGCCCUGGUCAUCGUCGCAUUUGACACGAUUGCCCGCGGCCGGGGCCCGUCGUCAUGGUCGAUUGUCGGCGGCAUGGCGCGCACCGUCGAGCAGCUCCAGCUCAGCGUCGAAGAAGACCACCUCUACGACCGAGGCCAGGCUGGAGAAACCCUAAUCAGACGUAUGGCCUUCCUCAAACCGUCAAGCUGCUGGCGAGAAGCAGAGGAGCGUCGACGCGUGUUCUGGACCGUCUUCCUCAUGGACCGCUUCUGCAGCGUAUCCACAGGCUGGAAUGUCAGUCUCACCUCCGCGGACGUCAAGCGAAGGCUUCCCUGCGAGGGCGCGCUCUGGCAGAAUGAAGACGAGGUGAGGGCGCCGUACUUUGGAUCCUCGAUCACGAAGAGUAUGUCCCAGUAUCAGCCACUGCCGCUCGAUAGGCAGUUGACCACCGACCCGGCGGAGCAGGACUCCAUCGGCGGGUUCGCGUACUGCAUAGAAGCAACAGAGUCGUUGGUGCUGGUGUCGAAUUUCUUCGUCCAUCAGCCGCUGGAUGUGCGCAACGUGGAGGAAACCCAGGUCUGGCUGAUGCGGUUCAAGGAGCUGGACCUGCGGUUGGUCCAAUGGAAGCUGUUCCUACCCUCGAAAUGGCGCGACGCAUCGAAGCUCAAUGCGGAUGGCAUCAUGGACUCGAACCUCACGUUGGCGCAUAUGACGCAUAAUACGGUGGUGAUCCUGCUGCACCAGGCCAUCGCCUAUCCACCGCACCACUGGAAGUCGUCGCCUGUCAAGCUGCACUCGUCCUCUUCUGCAGAAACCUGCAUCGAGGCUGCCUCGGAGAUCUCUGCCAUUGGCAGCCAGUUCCUCCUCUGCUCGUCCAUGCUCACGAACCCGCAAUUCUCGUUCUGCCUGUUCAUCGCUGGCCGCAUGCUUCUCACCCACGCCCGAUAUAACAACGUCUCCAUUCCUCCAGCUCUGGAUACCCUCAUUGCAAGCCUGCUCGAGAUCUCCACGCGGUGGGCUGGCCCACGCGACAUCAGCGGCCCAGAGAAGGAAAAUCUAGCCAGCGUCUUUGCGAGACGUCUAGUCCACGCUCGCGAUAACCUGCCCCCGACAGCAAGAAGCCUCGAUAUCCGGCAGCCAGUGUACUCAGAAACAGCUGCCACCGAGGAUCGCAUUCCAAACCAGGAGUCUGCUACUGCAAAUCAAACCCCCUCUGGUGUCACUGCUGCGUCACUACCCCAGAUGCCGGGAGGGCUCUCGGUCGACAACAUGCAAGGAGUCCAAGAACACUCUUUAUACACUGACUUUCAUGAUACAAACUCCGACUCCUCGCUUACACUUGCAUUUCCCCCUCUGCCCCUGUCCUUCCAUCAUAGCUUUGCCCCGUUCCCGGAUCCAGAGCCGUUUAACCCACAUUUGGACCCCGGGAAUUCUUUAACAACCAUUCCCUCUACUGUAAGAAACCAGACGGACAAUCCUCUAUCGUGGAAUGGGGUUCCUGUCCCAUUUUACUCACCGGUGCAGGAUUCACACGAUACUGUCUCUGCGGGCUCUGGGCAUGUUCCCAGUCCAGGACGGCGAACCAGUCAGUUCCAAGGGGUUGAGCAGGGGGCAGCCAUGGGGUCUGGGACGUAGCCUUCAGGUGAACAAAAUGGGAUUAAUUUCUUUGUAGUGAGCCCACUGUCGUGUGAUAAUCCUCCAGUACCUGGAUAUCAUGACCCAAUUAAUGACACAUCUGUAACAUUGGCUUCACAAAACAACGCCCCUCCCACCAAAUUACCCAGGUAUGCCACCUCCCUUCACUAUACCCUGCCUUCGCCUUCUCAUCUCUCCGUCCUCCCGACCGCGAGUCCCCUAUCUGCGACUCUCAGGAAACAUAAUAAAAGUCCCCAUUCUCCUUAUCAGUCAUAUCCAGGAACGCAUUGACAUGGCUCCUCUCCCUC